AAUAAAAACGCCAAAGCACCUUACAGGCCGCCGUCGUUUCUCCGUUUUUACUUUUCGUCCCCAGUAUUGCGCAACUGCUGCUUUUCUGCUUUCUUUCCAUCACCUCUCUUCUGGUCGACAUGUCCGAGUACAAUGCGGUGCCUCCAGCCGGACCCGGGGCCCCUCUUGGCGGACAGACAGCUCUUGGGAACGGGGCAGGAGGCAUCCAGAAAGAUGCGUUCGCGGACGCAGUGCAGCGGGCCCGGCAGAUUGCAGCAAAGAUUGGAGGUGAUGCUGGUCCUCCUCCCUUGAACAACAACACUGCAUCAGAUGGCUUCCCUUUCGCCGCACAGAAACGACAGCUGGAGGAUGCAGAUGAACCGGAGAGUAAGAAGCUGGCUGCUCAGAUUGACUUUGAUUCAGCCAAUGCAUUGUCUAUUGGUGCACAACUGGCUGCUCUUGCACAACAAAGUUCAAGGCCCGCCACCCGCACAGAGGAGUACAGUGUCCCGGACAGCAUGGUGGGACUCAUUAUUGGCCGUGGGGGUGAACAGAUCAAUAAGAUUCAACAGGAGUCUGGUUGCAAGGUUCAGAUAGCUCCUGACAGUGGAGGCCUUCCAGAUAGGAGCGUCUCUCUCACAGGUUCACAGGACUCUAUACAGAACGCCAGGAGGCUGUUGGAUGAGAUCGUGUCACGAGGGAAGGGUACGCCCCCUUCCUCUUACCACGAGUCCACCAACGGGCAGAGCGGCACGGUGCAUGAGAUGAUGAUCCCAGCAGGCAAGGCUGGCCUGGUCAUUGGAAAGGGAGGAGAGACUAUCAAACAGCUACAGGAGCGUGCCGGGGUGAAGAUGAUUCUGAUUCAGGAUGUCUCACAGGGACCCAAUGUUGACAAGCCCCUGCGCAUCAUCGGAGAUCCCUACAAAGUCCAACAAGCCCAGGAGAUGGUGCAGGAGAUUCUGAGGGAGAGGGACCACAGGGGCUUUAAUGAAAGAAAUGACUUCAGCGCCCGGAUGGGAGGAGGUAUCGAUAUUCCUGUGCCGAGACACUCAGUCGGUGUAGUCAUCGGGCGCAAUGGAGAGAUGAUCAAGAAAAUCCAGAAUGAUGCCGGAGUUAGGAUACAGUUCAAACAAGAUGAUGGAACUGGUCCAGAGAAGAUUGCUCACAUCAGUGGCCCCCCUGACUGCUGCGAUCACGCUUCUCAGAUCAUCAACGACCUGCUGCAGAGCAUCAGGGUCCGGGAGGAGGGGCAGGGGGGUCCCCCAGGUCCUCCAGGCAUGCCUGCAGGCAACAGGUGUCGAGGUGGGUUUCAAGGUGGCUGGGGGCCCCCUGGAGGGGAAAUGACCUUCUCUAUUCCUGCCCACAAGUGUGGACUCGUGAUUGGCCGGGGAGGAGAGAACGUCAAGGCCAUCAACCAGCAGACCGGGGCCUUUGUAGAAAUCUGCCGACAGCCGCCCCCCAAUGGAGACCCCAAUGGAGACCCCAACUUCAAGAUCUUUAUCAUCCGAGGCUCACCGCCGCAGAUCGACCACGCCAAGCAGCUCAUCGAGGAGAAGAUUGAAAUCCCUCUGUGUCCUGUUGGCCCGGGGCCAAGUGGACCAAGUCCUGGAGGUCCAAUGGGUCCCUUCAUCCCCGACCCAUACAACCCUGGACCGCCUGGGGCGCCCGGACCACCACAUGGCGGUCCUCCAGGUCCUCACCAGUACACUCCUCAGGGCUGGAGCAACACCUACCAACAGUGGCAGCCUCAGGCCCCCCAGGCCCCCCAUGACCCCAGCAAGGCAGCAGCCAAUGACCCCAACGCAGCCUGGGCGGCCUACUACGCUCAGUACUACCAGCAGCCGUCAGUGGCGGGUCCAGCCCAGUACCCCGCUACACCAGCAGGAGGGGCCCAAACUUCAGGGGACCAGACCCAGCCUGCAGAGACGCAGGGUGGCCAGCCAGACUACAGCAAGGCCUGGGAGGAGUACUACAAGAAGAUGGCCCAGGCAGGCAGCUCUGUCCCUGCACCUGCAACACCGGGACCAGCCGGGGGGGCAGCAUCCACAGCGGGAGGCCAGCCGGACUACAGCGCAGCCUGGGCGGAGUACUACCGGCAGCAGGCGGCGUACUACGGACAGACCGGACAGGCGACCGGCCAGCCAGCCGCUCCACAGCAAGGACAGAAGCAGUGAUGGCAGAAGGUCUCAGGCGCAAAUCAGGAGCACAGGAUGAAGAAGACAACCCCAAAUUUAAGCCCAGGAUUCAGCCUGUUAAGAUUUUUUUUGUUGAAGUGGAAGUGAAACCCUUCCUCACCACCAAACCCUACAUGGAAACUUUCUAAAAUUUACAUUAUAAACUGAACAAGCUUUCCAGUGCUUUGCAGCUGAGGCAAGGGAGAAGACUGAUAUCCCGCCAUGACGGGAACACAGCUUCUCAAUACAUUUUAAAUAUAUUUUGUGUAUGACCUUAUAUAUAAAUACACUGCCUGGCCAAAAAAAAGGUCACACACUCUAAUAUUCGUUGGACCGCCUUUAGCUUUGAUUACGGCACGCAUUCGCUGUGGCAUCGUUUCCACAAGCUUCUGCAAUGUCACAACAUUUAUUUCUGUCUUGCGUUCAUUUUUCGCCAAGACCUUGUAUUGAUGACGGGAGAUUCGGACCACUGCGCAAACUCUUCUCCAGCACAUCCCAAAGAUUCUCAAUCGGGUUCAGGUCUGGACUCUGUGGUGGCCAAUCCAUGAGUGAAAAUGAUGUCUCAUGCUCCCUGAACCACUCUUUCCAUCAGGGAAGAAAAACUCCAUUGAUGGAAUAACCUGGUCAUUCAGUAUAUUCAGGUAGUCAGCUGACCUCAUUCUUUGGGCACAUAACGUUGCUGAACCUAGACCAGACCAACUGCAGCAACCCCAGAUCAUAGCACUGCCCCCCACAGGCUUUUGACCUUUUUUUUGGCCGGGCUGUGUAUAUAUAUAUAUAUAACUGAAUUUCCCCCUAGGGGGAUUAAUAAAGGUUCAUCUUCCUUAUAUGGAAGCUUUGAAAUGCUUUCUUUACUGCAGAGGAGCUGCUUUUAAAUAUAUGUAAUCUUCCUUGUUUCCCUAGCUAUCAGGACUAACAUGUUAAUGUGUAUCAGGUAAUAAUACACCACAUCCCUUUUAAAGCUCAUUUGAUUUGCCCAUUCUAUUUAAUUCAACUCUUUAACUCUUAUUUUGACUUUGUUGGUAUUUACACAUUUAGAUUUCUUAUAUUAUCUUCAUAUAAAGCAUUUUAUAAGCCAGUUAUAAAGUGUACACAUGGAUUUCUAAUGUUGAUUGAUGCAUGUGGACUCACUAUUAAUUGCUGAGGCUGCUAGAGAUAGAAAACACUUGAUCUGCAUGGGACAUGCAAGUUAUGUCAAACUGUUUUAAAUAAGGAGUCUCGAUGACAGGUAGUAGACUUAGUCCUGGAGUCUUUGAAGAUUGAAGGACAAUGUUGUAUAAUGGCUCAUAGGUUGCAGGAUUUAUGGGACCCACAUCAGGUUAUGCAUCUUUGUUAUGGCCUUCCCUUCCCUGCCAUUAACACCCACCAGACCUUUUAAAUUGACAUACUGGGAGUGGGCUUUCACCUUGAGGCAACUGCAUACCUCUUCUUAAUUUGGAGCUUCUGACUGCCUCUGUAGUUUAUAUAGCUUCUUCAAGGGUGUUAUGUAAGGCUUAGUUUGAACCAUGCUGUGAUUUUGUUGCACGUUUUACUUUUUAUACUUACUUUUUUCAUGGAUGCCAAUGAGUAUGUUUCGGUCUUUUCUCCUUCCCACUGUCCUUGUGUGUAACAGAAUGAAAUGUAGUCUUCCAAUGUGUCUCACUUGAAGAUAAAUGUACAUAAAUUAAGCAAUAUAAGGCUGUCUGUUUGGAGAUGUAUCAGGUAUGAAUCUUGUAUUUUGAAUGGCAGCUUUGACACAGUGUUGAUAUUGUUAAUCGAUGACCACCAGCAGCAAUACUCUGAAUUAAAAUGGGGAAGAUAUGGAUUA